GCGUUCACGCGGCGAUCAUCUUGCCCAUUAGAGUGGACGGUCUUCCUACUAUAAAGAGUCCUUAGUAUGGUAGUAUGGUGUUUCACAAAACUGUCAUCUACACUAUUCCUAUUUUCAUAAAUGAUCUCUGUCAAACCUAUUGCCCUAUCCAUUCUUACAUCGAUGAUUCAACUCAGUAAUUCUCUUCAUUUUUUCUGACGCCCAACUCAAUAGAAAUUGAAUAAUGAAAAAACAGAUAUGCCUAAUUUAUGAGCUUUCUAUAAUUUCAGAAUGGAGCAGAGCAAACCUAGUCUUGUGCAAUGUCUCAAAAUUGGUUCCUCCAUCUAUCCAUUCGAAACAAAUAUUCCAGACAACCAUCCUCUCUUCGACUACUCCUUUCUGUUUACUGUACACUGAACGUAUCUUGGACUGGUCUUCACUCAAAAUCUUAACUAAAAAUUUCGUAUAUCUUCUCUUGCUGAAACUGUGUCGCCCACCCGCCUCGUGUGUGUGUGUGUUUAAUAAUUUCUAUGCCGUAAAUGUUUAUGUAAAAUUACAUAAUAUCGCUGGUGCUGUUAACAACGUGAAAUUUCGUGUUGCGUUGCGUAAACAUGACACCACGUGUGUUGGUACAGUGUUGCCAAUUUUACAAAGUUCAAUAAAUGUUAUUUUACAAUAUAGCCUCAUAUUUACAUUAUUAUUUCAAUGUAAUUUUAUAUGUAUAUUUAGCAAUAGAUAUAUCUGCAUUUUUAUCGACAACUAUUAUUCCUUCCUCCUGUUGAACUAGUACAUUUCUGUUAAGUGUCAACAGCGGCCGCCGAUGUAACAGAGGCCGCCGCCGAAAUAAGAGCAGUAAGCAACGGCAGAUCACUUCCUAUGGCCUUGGACUUUAUAGUGUGACUAUGUUGACACUUUCCCACACCCACAAGACAGGGAUGUGCGUGUGAGAUGAGAACGUGCUGGCGUGGGGAGACUGUCAAUGAGUGGUGUUUGUGUGACGUCAAAGAGAAGUGGCGGGAAGUUUUGCAGCGGGCGACAUUACACAACAGGACCGCUGGGCAAGAGGGUGCAGCCGCUGUACCACCAAGCCAACCAGUUUAGACAGGACAACAGAAUGCCUGUGACUACACCAUCAUUGCGGCGAAGCGCCAGGGUACUUCAGCCACAAAAUAUAAAGGUCCCAUUUUCCCCUGAUGAGUUACCAGCAAGGAAGAGAGUGAAGAGGGAGGAGGAGGAGGAGAAGGUGCAGAAGAAGGAAGUGAAGGAGAUGGUGAAGAAAGAAGUAAAGGAGGAGGCAACCAAUGGGGAGAAUGCCUCUCCAACCACAACCAGUAACAACUCAGUGUUAUCAGAGUAUGAGCAGAUGGUGCAGCGCAAUAUUGCUGAAAGACAGAGGCUGCUGGAAUCCAUGGGGAUUCUGAAGGCAAAGGAAGAAUUUUCCUCCUGUGUAAAGGAGUCACAGAAGAAGCCAGUGUACAGAGGAAUUAUUAGGGAGAAGAAAAGCCCUGAGCCAGUGAUGCGUCGGCGCAGUUUACGGCAGCAGAAUCUCACUCCUGACGGCUUGCACCUGUCUUUACCCAGUGAUGUGCAGGUAGCACAGGCUGAGAGGAGGAGUACAGUUACCUCACGUGAGGAGGAACACCCCAGGCCACCCCCAGGACCUGCCCCUCUGAUGGAUUACUACAAAGCCCAAAAUAAAGUGAACUGUGAAGGCAUGCUGACUGACCUAGCCUGCUCUGUUUCUACCUCCUGCAUAUCCUCCACCAUGUCUUCUAGUGAUGUUUGGGGUGGAACAAUGGAAAGUGUGGUGAAGAAGAUGAAGAAGAUGCAUAUAGAGGAAGAGUGGGUGGUGAAGGUGGUGCCAGACCGCAUCUUCUCUGUGCAGUUCCAUCCAACUGUAGAGAAGACAUUGGUACUAGUGGGUGGAAAGUGGGGUCAACUAGGAAUUUUGGACGUAGGGCGGGAAGAUGAGAGCAACGGGGCUUAUUGCUUCCACCCACAUUCCCGCCCUAUCAACUGCCUGUCCGUGGCUGCAUCAUCACCCCACCAUGUGCACUCCACAAGUUAUGAUGGAUCACUCAGGCAAACAGACCUGGAAGCAGGGAUAGUCCAGGAGCUGUAUGCCCUCACUGAUAACCAGCACAACAGUUUCCUCUGCUGGCAUUCUCAACAGGACACCCACAACUUCCUGGUUGGUGCAAGUUUAGGACGAGUCUUGCAGGUGGAUACAAGGGUGAGUGAAGGCCUUGUGAAGCAGUAUCUGGUACAUGAGAGAAAGACUGUCAAGGUAAUCAGUGGACACCCUCAUCAUCCCCACUACUAUGCUACAGGGUCAAAUGACGGGUAUGUCUCUCUUUGGGAUCUGCGGAACCACAAGAACAACAAGCCACUGGAUUCUGUGAUACACGGACGGGCUAUAUCUGGCGUUGAGUUCUCCCAAACAGGUAAUGCUCUCAUCUCUACCUCAAUGGAUGACUACCUGCGCAUCAUUACUUGUGACAGGACUGCCCUGACAGUGAAAAGAAAGAUCAGACAUUACAACCAGACAGGCCGCUGGUUGACUACCUUUAAAGCUCGUUUUGUGCCCACACGAGAUGACCUGGUGUUCGUGGGGUCCAUGAGGCAUCCACGCAGGGUGGAGGUCUGGGGCUGCGAUGGUCUUCUUCACCACCACUUCCAUGGCCCACUGGUCACCUCUGUUAGCAGUGUGGUUGCCCUUCACCCAUUUCGUCCUGCCCUUGCUGGCUGCAAUUCUUCAGGGAAGGUCCAUGUAUUUAUGUGAGUCAUCCACAGAGGUGGAUACAUCCACAGACAUACCUAAAGAUGAUAUGUACCUGCAUAUACUUACAUAGUUUUAAGAUACAGAAGAAGAGCUAUUAUGUUUUCCAAUCUUUGUGUUUCUAGCUUGGCUAUACAUUUUUAAAAUGUUUCUUCCAUUAACUACUUUUGUAUCCAAGUUGCUCCACAUUUAUAUAUGUUUCCACAUUUAUAUAUUCAUAUAUGUUAAAGGCCUUAUUUUUUUGUUAUCCCUCCUGCUUGUUGUUUUUCAACAUUCUUUUGUAGCCUCUUGGAUCUCCCAAGUUCCACUUAAACAAAUCUUCUCUGCCUACUUUCUAUAAUCCCUUCAAAAUCCUAUACACUGAUCAGAUCAGCCUGCUUUCCUCUAGGCUUCAAGUUUUCAAUUUUAAAGCCUCUUCUUAUACAGUAAAUUUGUUUGACAUGGAGCCAUUUAGUUGCUGCUCUUUGCAUUUUAUCUUCCUCAUACUCAUUAUGCAGUCUCAUACAUCUAGUACAAAUUUGUGAAUGGCCCAUGCAGGUUCCACCUAAACAUCCAGCAGGGAAUGUUGUACUGCACCUGCAUUUUCAGCCACUCAUUGACCUCUGUCUUUUUCACAACUACAGUAUAUCCUUAUUGAAUUGCAGCUGUACUUUAUUGUGCCCGAUAGGCAUCUUAUAUUUUGAAUUGCUUAUUAUAAUUAUAAAUACUGACUGCAGUUUAUAUGUGAGUAUUCAAUUGUAUCUAUCUAGUUAUUAUAUACAAGGCCUGAGUUAAACUCAUCUCAUCCUGUCUCCAUAUUAUAUAAGUUCAGUUUUUCUUUAGUUGAUACAAAUUCUUCACUUCUGUCACCUCUUCUAGUCCAUUAUAAAUAAUAUUUUCUCUAGAGAAAGCAGUAAUAUUAUCCUUUCCUCGACUUUUUAGUGCCUUCUCAGUCUCUUUUUUUUCUCAUUAAUUAUAGUUUUUUUCUAUUUUUAUCUCUUCUUUCUUGAAAUGUUGAUAUUUCCAUUGCUUUUAAUCUUUCUUUGUAUGUUAGAUUUUCUAACUGCAAUAGCAAUCUUGGUUGCUAUUCUUUAUUUUCUUUUUAAAAUGUAUACCUCAUUCGGAAAAAUCUCCAUUUUUACGUAUAUGUUCCACAUAAGUACAGAAGUAGUGGAAACACAAGUACACUGGUAGCCAGAAUGGCAAGGUGGAUUUUUGUGUUAGUAUUAUUUUAAGGAUCAUGUCAAGGAAAGUGCACAUUCCAGUAAAUCAUGUGAGUAUUGUGCAGAGGUGAUAGUUUUUCUCAUACUACUUUUGAGUACACAUGAUGCCCAUUCCUGCAAACUUCUCCAGAAAGGAUAUGGUGGCAAUGGUAGGUGCAGUGUUUUAAAAUCUCAACUAGCUGCUUGUAUGCUACAAGAUAUUUUCUUCAAGAAUUUGAAUUUCAGUUCACUGAAUUUCAGUUAACAAAAAAUUUCUUUUAAUUAAAAGAAACAUUACUUAUAUGUCACCAUAUGUCUUAAGGAACAUAUGUAAAUUUUUAAAAAUGUCAUAUUCUAUAAUAAAAAGAAAAUGUAAA